GUCUCACAGCUGAACUCUGCUACUCUCUUUAACACCAUCACAGAAAGGCCACUGUUUUUAGCUAAUCACAAAUCCAUAUUUUCCCUCUCACAAAAUAAAAAAAUGGCUCUUUCAAUCUCUUCCUUAACGUCAUCCCUUUCUUCCCUUUCAUUUUCCUCUCAGAUUUCCCGGAAUCCAAGCAGUAUCUCAAUUCCCCAACCACCGAAAACCUUGCCCAUUUCCCUGUCCUCUAAAUCCACUCGUUCCCUUUCAAUUUCCGCUACGGUGGCUGCUCCGGUUGAGACUGAACCGGUUGAGAACCUCAAGAAGCUCGUUAAGUCUAGGCUCCCUGGUGGGUUUGCUGCUCAGACUAUUAUAGGGACGGGACGAAGGAAAUGUGCCAUUGCUCGUGUGGUUCUUCAGGAAGGAACUGGGAAGUUCAUUAUCAAUUACCGUGACGCUAAGGAGUAUCUUCAAGGGAACCCAUUAUGGUUGCAGUACAUAAAAGUUCCAUUGUUGACAUUGGGGUAUGAAACGAGUUAUGAUGUAUUCGUGAAAGCUCACGGAGGUGGGCUUUCGGGACAGGCACAGGCAAUCUCACUCGGCAUUGCUCGUGCAUUGCUGAAGGUGAGUGCCGAUCAUAGGAGUCCGUUGAAGAAAGAAGGACUUUUGACCAGAGAUUCAAGGGUGGUGGAGAGGAAGAAAGUUGGUCUCAAGAAGGCUCGUAAAGCUCCACAGUUUUCCAAACGUUAAGUGGAUGGAAAACUGGGGAUAUAUAUAUACAUUGCUUUCAUGGUUGGUUUUGUAGAAAAUCUUUUCUUCUCGGUAACAUUUGCUGAUGAAUUUUUUUUACAAAAUUCUAAAUUGAAGAAGUACCCCUUUUGAUAAUGUA